CUCCCGCGGCGCAUUGGGAGUAAGGCUGCGGAGCCAAACUCGCGGGGGACGCGGGGCGCUGGUUAGCUGGCUGGCGGACUCCUCGCUCUCUCUGGCCGGUUCCCUGCGUUCCCGCAGGAACUGCCUGGAGAUCCAGGCCGGGUUGGGCGCGGCAGCAAGCGGAGUGGCCGGCGGGAGGCGCGCGCUCUGGGCAGCUCUGAGCAUGGACAGAGAGAGCAGGGCGCGCAGGGGGCGCCGCGGGACCGGGCGGCCGGAGCGCUGAGCCAGACAAAGGCUCUGGAGUUGUGCUUGCUCCCGGGGGCCGGGGCCAGGGCGCACCGCGCCAACCCUGCGAGACUCUGCGGCGUGCAGCUCGGCGGGUACCCUCUCCUGCGGGCGGGUCCCCGCGUGCCGGGACCUGUCUUGCCCGCUUCUCCUCGCGUUUGGGAAUUUGCCGAGGGGACCUGAGCGACUCCCGCACGCACUGGGAGCCAGAGAUCCGCCGCGCGCCCGCGGGGCCGGGAGCCAGGGAGCGUCGCAAGUUUCCCAGCCGCGUGCAAGGGCCCGGAGCUGGCCAGCGAGCCAGCCCCGCGUGCGCGCCCAGAACACGGCUGGCGGACGACGAACAUGGGCAGCGACCGGGGCGCGUCUGGAUGGCCAGGCUGCACUGGCAGCUGCCUCGGCGGCCGAGUUUGGCUGCUCCCACUGCUACUUGUGCUUCUGGAUUGCCUGGGCCGCGGUUCAGCGUCUCAGGACGCCGAAGUGUACGCCGCUGAGAACUGGCUGCGGCUCUAUGGCUACCUACCCCAGCCUAGCCGCCACAUGUCCACCAUGCGCUCUGCCCAGAUCCUGGCUUCCGCCCUCGCGGAGAUGCAGAAUUUCUAUGGGAUCCCUGUCACGGGUGUGCUUGACGAAGAGACAAAGGCGUGGAUGAAGCGGCCCCGCUGUGGGGUGCCUGAUCAGUUUGGGGUACGUGUGAAAGCCAACCUGCGUCGGAGGAAGCGUUACACUCUGACGGGAAAGACGUGGAACAGUCACCACCUAACCUUCAGCAUCCAGAACUACACAGAGAAAUUGGGCUGGUACAACUCAAUGGAGGCAGUACGCAGAGCUUUCCAUGUGUGGGAGCAGGUCACACCCCUGGUCUUCCAGGAAGUAUCCUAUGAUGAUAUUCGGCUGCGAAGGCGAGAGGAGGCUGACAUCAUGGUACUCUUUGCCUCUGGCUUCCAUGGCGACAGCUCACCAUUUGAUGGUGUGGGUGGCUUUCUGGCCCACGCUUAUUUCCCUGGCCCUGGUCUGGGUGGGGAUACCCAUUUCGACGCAGAUGAGCCCUGGACCUUCUCCAGCACUGACCUGCAUGGAAUCAGCCUCUUUCUGGUGGCAGUGCAUGAGCUGGGCCAUGCACUAGGGCUGGAGCACUCAAGCAAUCCCAGUGCCAUCAUGGCACCAUUCUACCAGUGGAUGGACACUGACAACUUCCAACUGCCUGAAGACGACCUUCGGGGCAUCCAGCAGCUGUAUGGCUCCCCCGAUGGUAAGCCACAGCCCACCCGGCCUCUCCCCACUGUGAGGCCCCGACGGCCAGGACGGCCAGACCACCAGCCCCCUCGGCCUCCCCAGCCACCACAUCCAGGUGGGAAGCCAGAGCGGCCCCCCAAGCCAGGGCCCCCACCCCAGCCCCGAGCCACAGAGAGGCCUGACCAGUAUGGCCCCAACAUCUGCGAUGGCAACUUCGACACAGUGGCUGUGCUUCGUGGAGAGAUGUUUGUGUUCAAGGGCCGUUGGUUCUGGAGAGUCCGGCACAACCGGGUUCUGGACAACUACCCUAUGCCAAUUGGCCACUUCUGGCGUGGUCUACCAGGAAACAUCAGUGCUGCCUAUGAGCGCCAGGAUGGACAUUUUGUCUUUUUUAAAGGUAACCGUUACUGGCUUUUCCGAGAAGCCAAUCUGGAACCUGGCUACCCACAGCCGCUGACCAGCUAUGGUACAGACAUCCCCUAUGACCGCAUCGACACAGCCAUCUGGUGGGAGCCCACAGGUCACACCUUCUUCUUUCAAGCAGAUAGAUACUGGCGCUUCAAUGAGGAGACACAACAUGGAGACCCUGGCUACCCCAAGCCCAUCAGUGUUUGGCAGGGGAUCCCUGCCUCUCCCAAAGGGGCCUUCCUCAGCAACGAUGCAGCCUACACCUACUUCUACAAGGGCACCAAAUACUGGAAAUUCAACAAUGAGCGCCUGAGGAUGGAACCCGGCCACCCUAAAUCCAUCCUACGGGACUUCAUGGGCUGCCAGGAGCAUGUGGAGCCCCGACCACGAUGGCCCGACGUGGCUCGUCCACCCUUCAACCCCAACGGGGGUGCGGAGCCUGAGGCAGAUGGUGACGACAAGGAAGAGGAUGUCGGUGACAAGGACAAAGGCAGCCGAGUGGUAGUGCAGAUGGAGGAGGUGGUUCGGACAGUGAAUGUGGUGAUGGUGCUGGUCCCCUUGCUGUUGCUGCUCUGCAUACUGGGCCUGGCCUUUGCCCUGGUGCAGAUGCAGCGCAAAGGCGCACCCCGCAUGCUGCUCUACUGCAAGCGCUCACUGCAGGAGUGGGUGUGAUCACACACCACCCACAGCACCCGGUGCUCAGGUCCGCAGGGGCAGGUGUGUGGCUCCCAGAUGCUUUCUCAGCCCAGUGGGGUCCCCUCCUAGCCACACACACCCCUAGUCAGUCCUGCCCUUGCCCUCUUUUAUUUAUGCCCAGGUGUC